AUGUUUUCCAAUGCGCUGAAAUCUUUCAGCUCCAAUAUCUCGGCCAAUUAUCAGAUCUCGCCACAUCCUACCGUCUACUCCGGUCCCUGGAAGAUUCAUGAUGCAAAGAAAAAGUCAACAGGCACGGCGGCCUCGGUUUUCAUAUUCGAUCGCAAGGUCCUUGAGCCUCGAUCGGGUGGGUUUGGACGCUCGGGAUCAAACUCAAAGAAAUUGCAGGAAGACGUGAUUGAGCGGCUGAAACGGGAAGCCAGCAAUUUGGCGCGCCUGAGACAUCCGUCUAUACUGCAAGUGCUGGAACCCGUGGAGGAGACUCGCAAUGGGGGGCUGAUGUUUGCAACGGAGCAUUUGACCGCUUCAUUGUCGGGAGUUUUGCUGGACAAGAAUGAGCAAGAGGGCUCACCGGGCUCUAAUGGCAGAAGCAGUCGCUACAUGGUCCAGGAGACCGACGGCACACGGCGACGGCGUGAAAUCGAAAUCGACGAAUUGGAGAUUCAAAAGGGCCUGUUACAGGUGGCCAAAGGCCUGGAAUUUCUUCAUGAGUCAGCCGGCCUGGUUCACGGAAAUUUAAAUCCUGAUGCAAUCUAUGUGAAUGCCAAAUCAGACUGGAAAAUUUCGGGGCUUGGCUUUGCAGGUCCCCCGGAUUCUUCAGAGACUCGAUCAACACUGCCCCCACUGGCCGUAUCGGAAGUUCUCUACCACGACCCUAGACUACCAGCAUCUGUGCAAUUGAACAUGGACUACACGUCACCAGAUUUUGCAUUUGAUUCCAAUGUAUCGCCGGCCGCGGAUCUUUUUUCACUUGGGUUGAUCAUAGUCGCCCUCUACAACUCGCCUCAUCUGUCUCCUUUGCAAACUCAUGGGAAUCUGACCACAUAUAAAAAGUUAUUGAGCUCUCCAUCGACUACACCGUCUCAAAGCAACAAUUUCCUCUGUUCCCAGGCGAUACCUCGUGAUGUCCUGUCCCAUGUCCUGCCACGACUCAUCACACGGAGGCCAGCACAACGUAUGAACGCGCGUGAAUUCCAGCAAUCUCAGUAUUUUGACAACGUGCUGGUGUCCACCAUUCGAUUUUUGGAGUCAUUGCCAACCAAGAAUACCACCGAGAAGACCCAGUUCCUUCGAGGUCUCCAACGUGUCCUUCCAGAUUUCCCAGUGUCCGUCUUAGAGAAGAAGUUGCUGGCGGCCUUGUUGGAAGAAAUCAAAGAUCGCGAACUUCUUCCGUUAAUUCUACAAAAUGUCUUUGGGAUACUGUCGCGAAUCCCAAGCGGGCGACGUGCAUUACCCGACAAGAUCAUUCCUCGGCUGAAAGAGGUGUUUGGCACAGGCACGGGCAAAUCAGCUUCUCAGGAUCGUGACUCUAAGAAGGAUGCCGGUCUCAUGGUCGUUCUUGAAAACAUGAAGUUGAUUGCGGAUAACUGCUCGGGGAGUGAGUUCAAAGAUGACAUCCUUCCCUUGAUCCGACUGGGCAUGGACUCGUCAACCCAUACUUUGGUCGAUGCCUCCUUCAAGUGUCUUCCCACCAUGCUGCCUGUGUUAGACUUCAGCACGGUCAAGAAUGAAGUCUACCCACCUAUUGCGACCACGUUCAGUCGUACAAGCAGCCUUGCCAUCAAAGUCCGCGGGUUAGAAGCGUUUAGCAUUCUUUGUGGUGGCUCGGCUACGGAGAGCGAUGGUCUCGAUGAUGACCUCAAUGGCACUGUCCAAACAAAAGCGGCCGUGAAGCCCUCCAUCCUGGAUAAAUACACCAUCCAAGAGAAGCUUGUCCCAUCACUCAAGGCCAUCAAGACAAAAGAGCCGUCUGUCAUGAUGGCGGCGCUCAAAGUUUUUCGUCAAGUUGGAAAGAUUGCAGAUACAGACUUUCUUGCCCUUGAAGUCUUGCCCGUCCUGUGGAGUUUCAGUCUCGGCCCAUUGCUGAAUCUUCAACAGUUCAAUGAGUUUAUGUCAGUCAUCAAGUCUCUUUCGAGCAAGAUUGAAAAGGAGCAGCAGAGGAAACUACAGGAGCUGUCUUCUGGCGGAGACUCUGGUGGAUUUCAUGGAGCUGCCAGUGCGACCACAUCAUCGGCUCCCGACCUCACUGCGCCUGACGUGGACGGUGGAAGAUCCAACUUUGAGCGUCUCGUGCUCGGAAAAAGCUCUGGUGCUGCCAAUGGCCUUGAAGCCGAUCUAUGGGGCGGCACAGGAUCGGAACCCAGCUCAUCGAGCCAAAUGUCCAAGUCGGCCACUCUUUCGCGGUCCUCAAGUGGCCAACCUGGCCAUAAUCUGACGUUACAGAAUCAAUUUGGCUUCCGCUCCAUCACUCCCGAUCAGAAACUCGGUUCUAUUCCGUCUCUCGAGCCCACCCGACAAUCUUCGCCUCCAGUCCCGCCCUUCCCAUCAAUGCAACCAUCGUCCAACCUUUGGAACAUCCAGUCUCAAGCAGCAACCGGAGGCAAUAAUACCUCUCUGGCCACCCUGUCCAGUCUAGGAUCCAAAUCAUCCAUGUCUCAACCAACCACCCUCUCACAGCAAGGAUCCGCUUACUCUGCCUUCUCUAUACCGCCUCCUCCGAACAACACAGGCAUAGGAAUGGCAUCAAACGCAAUCCAACCUCCACCGCUGAGAAUGAACCCGGCCCCGACCGCGGCGUCAUUCGCCCGCCAACCCCAAUUACAACCACAGCAAAACCAAGCUUCGAAAAAGCAGGGUUUGGAGAAAUAUGAAAGUCUGUUGUAA